AUGGACCCGUAUAGAAUACCCGUGUUAAGACCAGAAAAUGACAGCACUCUUCAGAUGAAGCCGAGAGAAGAUAACAAAAUGGAGACUAUAAGAGAAAUAAAUCCUCCAGCUUACACUGAUAGAGUACCAUCUCUAAAGGACGUUCAAGAUAAGAAUAUUGAAAUUGUUAACAUGCCGAUAGACUUUAGGAACAAACCCUAUUUAGUAUUCAAUGAUAUAACAAAAAAGAGUCUCAAAAAAGAAGGCUUGACUUACUGCUUUUUAAGUGUCAUCUUUAGUUUUAUAUUUGGUUUAGCAAUCGGUGUAAUUCUAAUGAGUGGACAGUAUGAAGAAAAAUUUAUAGUUAGAGAAAGAAAUGUUAACCAGAGAACAUUAAAUUCCAAUAAACACGAUAUUGACACAGAAAAAAAUAGUUUUACAGCUGUAUCUUUUACUAGUUUAGAGAACAAAUAUAAAAAAGAUGUAUAUCCAAAAGGAUUAACAGAAGUCAUGAAGGAUAUAUUAAAAGAUACCAAAAUUGAGAGACAUACUCCUGUUAUAAAUAAAACUUUUAUACCGAACGAUGCAACAGUACUCUAUGAUAGUGUAUACUGGGGUCCUCAAAUUGAGAAUUCAAUGCCGCAAGGAUAUGGAGAAAGUUCAGCUGAAAUGUGGGAAAAAUACGUCGAUGAAUCUGAGGUGAUUAAAAUGGAAUUAGGCUGCGGGAGAAUGCAGAAUCGUCUGGUGACAUUCAAAGAUGGUUUGCAAGCUUGUGUUCGAUACAGGCAGAACACAGAUCAAAUUCAAGGAGAAAUUUUUAGUUUUUACGUAGGAAGGUUAUUGAAUUUGACGAAUUUAGCUCCGUCUGUUGUUAAAAUUGUCGAUUUAAAAGAUAAAUUAUGGAAGAAUGUUGCAAACGACAUCGCAUCUGCCCAGUGGAGUUCGAACAGGGCUGUUGUUAUAACACAAUAUGUACCUAGUCUUGAAUCUGCUUCCAUACCAGAUAUUUUUAGGCCAACAACAAGACAUUUGAAUAAAAACGAUGUUUUAACGAUGUCUUUAAGAGAAAAUGACACAGAAAUAAACAAGCGUCUUCUCUUAGAUAAACUGCGUAAUAAGGAAAUAAAACGCAAGCAAGAUAUAAAGAAUUUCACUCAUAUUGAUAUGAAAUUAAACAAGAAAACAAUUGAUCGAUUCUUAGAGUUAGCUCAGUGGUCAGAUUUGAUAAUUUUUGAUUUUUUGACGGCAAAUUUGGAUAGGAUAGUCAACAAUCUCUUCAAUUUUCAGUGGAAUGUCAAUAUUAUGGAUGGCCCUGCUCACAAUUUGGCCAAAAAGAUGGACAGUGGACUACUCGUUUUUCUCGAUAAUGAAUCGGGAUUGUUACAUGGAUAUAGACUGUUGAAAAAAUAUAACGUUUAUCAUAGUUUGAUGUUGGAUAAUUUGUGUGUGUUCAGAAAGAGGACCGUCGACUCUCUUAAAAGACUGUUUGUGAAUAAAAAUAUUUAUCGUGUUCUUAGUGAUAUGUUUCAUAAAAAAAACUCUGUAGUAAUUAGAGAUAUUUUACCUUCAUUGCCGGAGAAGAACGCAAAAGUUUUAAACGAAAGAAUAGGUAAAGUUUUGAAUCAAAUUGAAAAAUGCGAAUUUCAGUUUAGAUAG